CCCCGCCGAGCGACAAGUCGGUGCACGUCGUUCGCUGUUGCUGGGCUGCGUCUGCGUCCUGCCUCCUUGGUCCUGCGUGCUCUGGCGUCUCCUCCACCUGUUUCCAUGCGAAACUGAAAUCCUGCGAGGAUUCCGCAGACGACUUGGACUCUCUGUGAGGUGUGGCGUUCUCUCUGCCGCCAUGCCGUACUUCAGUUUGAGGGACCGCGUGGACACGGAUUCCGAGUCUUCUGACGACAGUUUUACUUUCGGACUUGUGAGCCCCAGGGCGGGGCAGCGGGCUUCGUCCAAGCUGUCCAGUAUCGGUUUCAGCAGCCGACAAGAUGACUAUUUUGGAAGUAUUCCAAAACGGCAGGCAUUUCCCAGAGAGGGACAGCAACAGCAGACCUCAUCAUCAAAGGUGCCCAGUGUCAGCAGUCGUGAAGACUAUUUCUUUGCUGGAAGGGACUGUUUCAGCUCGAAGCCAGCUCCUGCCCCUGUGGUCAAAGCCCCCAAGGCUAUACUGCCCAAACCUACUCCGAUGGGGACUGCUUCUGAUUCUGUAGCCAAGGCUCCUAAAUCCAUCCUGCCUAAAGCUUCGCCCUUGCAUGAGAGAGGAAAUUUUCCUGUGUCCAAAACACCACAAAGAAUCGUGUCCAAAUCCCCUUUGGCAGGGGCGAUCUCAGUUUCCGAGUCGAAGACUCCCAAAUCUUCUCCCUUGCUACAGACUGGUUCUGUGUCUUUACUGAAGAAGCCUAAUUCUGGUUUUCCCAAAUCAUCCUCUGUUGUGAAGACUCCCAAAACUGCUGUUUCUCUUUUGGUGCCUAGCUUUCCUAAGCCAACUCCCAAAACAAGUGCGUCAGAGUUUUUGGAUACUCAGAGUUCUAGCAGUGGCCUUGGCAGCCACUUGGGGAUCCUGGAUUCUGAGUGUCAAAGUGAGCCUGACUCCCCCAUUGAAAAGGAAGAUUUUCACUUUGAAGAAGCAGAUGUGGAAGUGAAGCCAAAAACCACUGUUUUACCAGACUGGCAUGGGCUUCUCUUCGGAGGAGUGGAGAAACAUUGUGAUGAAAUUUUGACUUAUCCAGAAGUUGACACAAGCUUUGAAGAUUGCAAGCUUGCUGAGGAUGUAGCAUUAAAUUUUGUUGCAAACUACAAUGUGCCAAUCUUUGACUGUAUGAGGGACUUCAACAACGUAAAUACAGUUUCUCAUGCUGUGAAAAAAAUCCCUAAGAAGUUCAAAAGCCGUAAAGAGCAAUUGAUGGCUCUACUUUUGAUGUUGGACUAUCUUUCAUGUUGCUGCCAAGAAGGAAAUCUCCUGACCCUCUAUGAAAAGUGUAAGCAGAAGAACAAAAUAUAUCACAUAGAAAGCCUUGACCAGAGCAUUCGAUUGCUGCUUGACCGAUUGCACAGUGACCGCUUGAGACUGGACCAACUUCGUGUUGUUGAUAAAUUUGUGAAAACAUGUAUCGAACGAAUUCCUAAGUCUUUGAAGAUCCCAUACUUCUCUGUACCUGUUGCUUUGAAGCGGAAACUAAAAGUAUUUGAAAUGGAAGAAAAGAAUCGAAAGGAAAAUUCAGUCUAUAAUUUCUCUGAGCAGCCCAAGAAGAACAGUCCAAAGAAGUCCAAGCCCUCUCCUGGCAAGGUGUCUUCUAAGAAAUGGAAGCCCUCCCCUGCCAAGAUGACCUUUGACAACUGGGAGCUCUCCCCUGUCAAGUCAACUUCUAACAAAUGGGAGCCCUCACCUGUCAAGAAGAAUUCCAACAAGUGGGAGCCGUCGCCUGUCAAGGCAACCUCGAAGAAAUGGGUGCUUGAAGAGAUGGACUACAAUGAUCUUUUAAGGACUCCCACUAAGUCAGGACAGUCGACAUCUGUGAAGUCCCCUCUGGCUUCCACCCCUCGAUCACCGUGGUCUGUGUCUGUUCCAACAACAUCCAGCAGUGGCUCUGUCAAAAGAGAUUUUUUUUCUGCUAGCCCCAAGGAUGAGAGAAAGGGUUCCAGCAGUACCUCCACAGCACGGAAAAGUGACCCAAGCAAAAUCACUCAUUGGCUGUUCCAGAAGAACACAACCCCUAGAACGAAUACUGGAGUGACUUCGCUCAUCUCUAAGCAAAGAGAGAUCAGUAAAGAAGUCUCUAAGCCCAACCUGAGCAAAAAGGAAUGUGCCAAAGUUGUACUGGAAGCAGAUGACUAUUUAUCUGAUGAUUCCUUACCUGACAUUCCCAACAUAGUUGUUCCUAAGCAAGAAUCUUCAUCGUACACUACCUGGAGAAGGAAGGUGUUGGGGCAAACGUCAGCUGAAGUCCAUUCUUCUGACAGUGAUCUGAACUCAAGUGAGGUCAAACAGAGUUUAACCGCAACUAGGAAGUCUCCAUUCAAGGCCAACAAAAAUACCUGGAAGUCUCAGUUUGGAUCCCCCUCCAAGAAUUUCUAGAAAGCGGCUCUGAGUCUCCAUCAGAACCAAAGUAAUGGCUGUUCUCCAUUGAACAGCUAAUUUGAUGAAUGAAGUAUGUUUAUUUUAUGAAACCUUUUACAUUGUAUUUUGAACUUUGUUGUUAAUGUUUUAGUCUGUAUCCAGGGAAAGCCAUUCCCUUAUGAUUUUGUAUUUCCAGUCACAUGAUACAUUUUUCUAAUGCCAAAUCAUGAGUGUUUGCUCUCUUUUUCUAUGAAACUUGUAACUUGGGCUCUGUAACUAUUUUGAUAAAUAAACUGUAACAGAAAUAA